AUGCUGGACCUCGCUGAUUUCAUCGCCGAGCGCGGUGGUGAUCCCAAGAAGAUCAAGGAGAGCCAGCGCAAACGAUUUGCCCCCGAGGAGGACGUGGACACAGUCAUUGCUCUCUAUGAAGAGGCCCGCCGAGCACGAUAUGAGGUUACGCAAUUUGGCUCGCAACUCAAUGCGCUGAUGAAGGAGAUCGGCAAGAAGAAGAAGGUAAAGCCCCCCUCCCUCAACAAGGAAGACGCGAAUGAUUUGAUUGAGCAGAAGGCUGGUCUGGAGAAGCGCAAAAAGGAGGCCGAGGAGCUUGCUGUUCAGAAAGAAACGGAAAGAGACCGCCGCAUUCGCGUUAUCGGGAACUAUGUUCACGACUCUGUCCCUAUCAGCAACAACGAGGAUGACAACCAAGUGAUCAAAACAUGGGCACCAGAGAAUGUCGCUGUUGAGAAGCGAGACUGCCUGUCCCACCAUGAAGUCCUCACUCGCCUGGAUGGAUACGACCCGGAACGCGGCGUCAAAAUCGUUGGUCAUCGAGGCUACUGCUUGACUGGUUACGGAUUGUUCCUCAACCUGGCGCUGGUCAACUACGGACUAGAAUUUCUUUUCAACAAGGGGUACAAGCCAAACCAACCCCCUCAGUUUAUGCUCCGCGACCUUAUGGCGAAGACCGCUCAGCUGGAGGACUUCGAUGAGGAGCUCUACAAGGUCACCGAGGGUGAGGAUAAUUCGACCGACAAGUACCUCAUCGCUACCUCCGAGCAGCCAUUGUCCGCACUACACGACAGCGAAUGGUUGCAGGAGAAGGACCUUCCGAUCAAGUAUGCCGGUUAUAGUACAUGCUAUCGAAAAGAGGCAGGUGCCCAUGGCAAGGACGCGUGGGGCAUCUUCCGUGUCCAUCAGUUCGAGAAGAUCGAGCAGUUUGUCCUGACCAAGCCCGAUGACUCAUGGCAAGCGUUUGAGGACAUGAUGGCCACUUCGGAGGAGUUCUACAAGUCCCUUGGGCUGCCGUAUCAGAUUGUCGCCAUUGUCUCCGGUGCGUUGAAUAACGCUGCAUCCAAGAAAUACGACUUGGAGGCCUGGUUCCCAUUCCAAGGCGAGUACAAGGAGCUUGUCUCCUGCUCCAACUGCACCGACUAUCAGUCACGAAACCUGGAGAUCCGGUACGGCGUGAAGAAAACCACCGAUAUCAAGAAGACCUAUGUGCAUGCACUGAACGCGACGCUGUGCGCAACCGAGCGGACGCUUUGCUGCGUUUUGGAGAACUAUCAGACCGAAGAUGGUUUCAUCGUUCCCGAGCCCUUGCGGAAAUAUAUCCCUGGCGCUCCCGAAUUCCUUCCAUUUACCAAGGAGCUGCCGAAGGACACAACCUCCCAAAAGGCCAAGGCCAAGGGCAGCAAGCCCGCGGAUGAGGCGGCGAGGAAGAUGCAGAACCUCCAGGUGUAG